UGUCCUUAGUGCGCCAUACACCCUGUUUACCCAUACCGAGAGCUGUGUUGAUAUUUGUUUAUCACGGCCGGCUGCUGGGUGGGAGCGUAAUAUAAUAUCUGGGUCUCCAUUAUCUUUCAUUCAAGAUGCUGAGCAUCAUUGCCAUUUUAACUACCCUUGCCUUGGUAUACCCGUCUGAUGGUUAUAUGAUUACUGUUGACGCGCAUGCUGAGGAAUGCUUCAUGGAGAAAGUAACAUCUGGUACAAAGCUUGGUCUCGCAUUUGAGGUGGUGGAGGGUGGCUUUUUGGACAUUGACAUCAAGCUGAUUGGGCCCGACGGCAAGGUGGUGUACCAGCAGGAGCGGGAGAGCAAUGGCAGGUUCACCUUCCCUGCUCACAUGGACGGUGUGUUCACCUACUGCUUCGGCAACAAGAUGUCCACCAUGACGCCGAAGAUCGUCAUGUUCUCCAUGGACCUCGGGGAGGCGUCUAAGAAAGACGGAGUCGACGGCGAAGCGAGCCACAACAAGCUGGAGGACAUGAUCAAGGACCUGGGGUCGGCGCUGACGGCCGUCAAGCACGAGCAAGACUACAUGGAGGUGCGCGAGAAGAUCCACCGCGCCAUCAACGACAGCACAAACUCGCGCGUCGUGCUCUGGUCCUUUUUCGAGGCGCUCGUGUUGGUGGCCAUGACCAUGGGCCAGGUGUACUACCUCAAGCGGUUCUUCGAGGUGCGGCGAGUCGUGUGAGCCGGCGCGGAGGACCGUCCAAAGCCUCGAUCGGGAACUGUCGCUGUCCGCCGGUACCGCGGCGGCGGCGGCGGCGGCACGGGAGAGACUGAGACAGAGGGUGUCCGGUGGUGCCGACGGAGGGCGGGCUGCUGUGUGGCCGGGGAGCCAUGGUCAGUGGCUGGGGAGGACAGGGGCACCGUCUUUCUGCACGCUGUGCGGUUAUUUAGCGGCGAUGUCAGAAAGUUGAGUUGGUUGCGCGGUCACGGUGGGGGCGAGCUUGUUAGUGAACAAACGCUGGCUAGGUGCGUGCGUUUUGAUCUGAGCGAUCAUUCUACACGGCUGGCUUAGCUGGCCAUUUAUCUAAUUUCAAAUCCAGGCCAUAGACAUUUCUGGACGAUCGUUGUUGGAUUGCAAUUCGUGUGCGCACCAAAGUUCCAAUACAUAUGACCAUUUUUAA